AUGGGUGACGUCGCGGCAAGGCAGUUCGAUUGCCUCAUGUUGAAUGGUAAGAACUACCAGACCUGGGUUGUGGAUUGUCAGUUCCACUUGGCAGCUAUGCAGUUGAUUUAUACAAUCACUCCACGUGCGGAUGGUGCACCUGCAGUCCCAGCGCAUGAGAUUGCCAAAGCUUCUAUUUUCCUGAGGCACCAUAUCCACAAAGACCUCAAGCAGGAGUAUCUUGAGGUGCGUGACUCGCUUACGCUGUGGCUAGCGCUCGAGGAGCGUUUUGGCAAGCAAAAGACAGUGGUCCUCCCUCAGGCCAGGCGUGAUUGGUCACAAUUGCGCUUCCUCGACUUCAAGACUGUGGAGGCCUACAACUCUGCACUUCACCGUAUUGUUGGCCAGCUUCGCUUCUGUGGGCAGAGAGUCACAGAUGCCGAGAUGAUUGAGAAGACUCUCGAGACCUUCCACCCUUCAAAUAUGAUGCUCCAGGAGCAGUACCGUAAUAAUAGGUACAGAAAGUAUUCUGAACUUAUUAAUGUCCUUCUUGCUGCCGAGACUCAAAAUGAGCUCUUGAUGAAAAUUUUUAAUAUGCGCCCUGUUGGCUCAAAUGCAUUGCCUGAAGCACAUGCAAGUUUUCACAAGAAGAAUAAGACCUUUUACAAGAAAGGCAUGCACAGCAAGAAGCAAGGUCAUAAUGAGGGGAAGUUUAAGAAGCAAUUUAAUAGAGGCCAGAAGCCUCGCGGCCAAGAAAAAGGUAAGGCCCAGAAUGGCCAGAAAGGUGAUGGAAAUAUGAGUGAGCAUCCAAACAAGGGUUGCUUCCGUUGUGGAUCAAUGAACCAUUGGUCUCGCCAAUGUAGGACUGAACCACACCUGAUCCAGAUGUAUCAGGAUUGGAAGAAGCGUCAAAAUGCAGAGGCUCAUUUUGUUCAGGCACCUGUUGAUGCCGUGACUGGAGAGCACGUUGCGGUGCUACCCCAAUCUAUCCAGAAGAUAGAUGAUACUUCUGCUGCUAUGGAUGUUGAUCCAACUGAUGCCACUCCAGCUACCCAGGAUGGCGACGAUGAUUACAACCUCGAUGAAGAGGACACCCUCGACGAUGACUAUGGGGACAUGGAGUAG